AUGCAAGUUCCAGUAAUCCACACAAAUAGAAGCCAAGUAACCAAUCAUGAUUAUGUUGAUUUUACUAAGGUUCCCAAGUUAACAGUUAAAGAAUCUAUCAUGAAGCAGUGGUUUUCAAUCAAUAAGGCAUGUUAUUCUUCUCUUCAGGCUUUAAGAUUUAGACUUUUAUGUUUAAGAGCGCAUUUGAUUAAGUGUGGGCCAGAGUUACCAAAAAAUAUUUACAAUGGCUCCACUUUUAAUUUGAGCUUGUCUUAUGAUGAGUACGUUUCUUUAUUUAUUGAUGAUAAAGAGAAUGAGUCCCAGAGUGAGCUGUUAGGAGAUAUCAUGUUUUUAAUUUGUGAAUUAGUUGAUGAUAGAUACAGUCACACCAAUACUUGGAAUACCUUUUUAGCAAUCGAAUUAUUCUCUACUGCAUAUUCUUUGGAUGAUGAAAAAAUAUAUUGGUAUGUUGCUAUAUGUGAGACCAAUAAGGAUAUUGAAUAUAAUCUUCCAAAAUCAAGUACACAGAAAUGGGUAAAACAAGCAAAAAAAUUAAAGUUUGAUUCAGAAAUAAAUGCUACUGGAAAUUUUAACUCUUUGAAUCCAACUAAUGAAACCUUAGAUUUCGUUAUUAUUUCUAUAUUAGAACUUUUAAUGAAUCCUGAAUUUGACGAUUUCACAAGUAUAUUUAAGAAUAAUGAUCUUGAUUCGGCAUUUUUCUCAAGUCUAAGGCUUCCAAAAGAGAUGGGGACAUUAAAUAGAUGCUCUCAGAUUUGGAGUGGCCAACAUAUUGCUUAUAGGUGUAUUACUUGCGGAACUUCAACUUCUUCAUGUAUUUGUGUAGACUGUUUUCAAAAUGGAAACCACGAAAAUCACGAAUAUUAUAUAUAUAAGUCAGACUAUGGUGGCUGCUGUGAUUGUGGGGAUGAACAGGCUUGGAGCAAGGAAGGAUUCUGUAGAAAGCAUAAUAUUAAGGAUAUUCAGUCUUCUAAUUCAAAUGCGAAUCUUAAUUCGGAUUUACUUAGGUCCAAAUUAAAAGGGAUUUUUCAUGGAAUACUUUGCCAUGUUGUCUGCUUAUCUAGGCUAUACUGUACUGCUCCUAAUACAAAGGAGAUAUACCUCCCAUUUCAUUCAAAAUUGGUAUCAAAAAUAAUUGAACAAAACAGAAAUGAUGAAAAGACGGAAGACAAUUUUAAUGUUUUGGAUUUCUAUAUGCAAGAUGAAGAUCUUUCUGAUGAUUCUGAACUAAAUAUAUUUCCUAGUUACUUUGACUCUGAUAGUUUUCGAGUAGAGAAUGGAUUAGAUGAUGGUAACGUUAAUAACGAUACAAACCGUAAUACUAUAAUAAAUAAUGUUGAAGAUAAUUCUUUUGAAAAUGAAAUAGAACAAAUAUAUGAAAGAGUUGAAAUGAGCGAUAAUCAAACAAAUUCAGAAGAUCCAGUUAUCUUUGACAACUUAAAUGCUGCUCUUCCACAGGAGAACCAUUUUUUUGAAGAUAUCCCAAUUUUGCAUUUUCAAACUAUUAGAGGACAAAACUUAAAUGACACUACUAUCCCUAUAUUACUUCUAUUCAAACAAGAAAAAAAAUUCCAGAUGGACUCAUACUUCUUUCAAUGGUUUAUUAGCUUAUGUGAAAACUACCAAUCUAUUUUCUUACCAUUAAUGGGUGAACUUUUUGGAUCUCCAAUACAUAAGCUUUUGAUGUUUGGAAUUUUAAACCACCCGAGCCUUAAUGAUGACCUUAAAUCCAGUAACAAAUAUGCAUGUAAAUUACUUAAACCUUUAAUUGAAGAAUAUAUUAACAAAAGAAUUCACACCUUAACCACUCAAAAAGUUAAAGAUUUCCUUAGAGAAAUACAUUCUGAUUUUAAGUUUGUCUCAGUAAAAGAAUCUGAUGAAUCUCAAAAUGCAAUAAUCCAGGAAAAUACUUCCGAAAAUUACAUGUUAGAUUUCAGAAAUGGUGAUGAAUCUAUUUCUGAUGAAUUUGAUAUUAAAAUUGAGAUCCUGACGUAUUUAGAUAUUUUCUGGAUGAAGUGGUCUAGACAGCUAAAUGAAGCAAAUGAUUCCCUCAUUCAUCAGGCUUUGGUGUCAAAGAUUUACAAACAAAAUGAUCUAACUGACCUUUUACUUGUUAUGAUGUUUGAUUCCAAGUUUAAAGAAGAGAUUUUUCCUGACAUUUUCAUGAGAAAUUAUAAUGAAUUGGUAAAAAGACAGGAUAAAGUCUUAACUAGAAUUGCUGUACAGCUUUUUACAAUUGAUAGAAUGCUGAUUUCUAUGGCUUUAGAUAACAACUUAAUUCAGAAUAUAUUUUUUACGACUUUUCAAAUUCUACAGAGCUCUGUUGUAUAUCAGAAGGUUUGCCAUAAAAAUAAAGAAGAUUCAAAAUCCAAAUUUCCAGUCCCAACUCUUAGCUCCAAUAGCAGUGCUGUGGUCAAUAGAAAAUACACAUAUUCAAUGCAUGAUUCUAAAUAUUUGCUCCAAUGUAUAGAUUUGAUCUACUUUAUUUUUCUCAAUAAAUCCACCAAAAUGUUACAGGAAGAGUUGUCUUGCAGACAUAUAGAGCCUGAAGAAACAAAAUACUUAAGCAAGAAGUUAUACAUGGAACUAUGGUAUAAUGGAUGGCUAUCUUUGCUUAGAUUAGUACAAUGUAUGAACCCUCACAAAAGUAAGAUUGUAGAGCCAUUUGAGGACUUAAAAUGGCACUCAAGUCUUCUUCUUUGUUGUGAUAUUCAAUCCACUGUAGAUAUAUUACUCCAGAUCAUUUUUUUGUUAACCAGAAUCCCAGGUGAUUCAAGCUUAAUGCCUCUUUCUUUGGAAUAUGAAGGACUAGAUUUAACUACUUUUUGUAUAUUUCGCCUCGUACUAAAUACUGUACAAUCAUUGAUUCAGUGGAUUCACAUUACCAGCAUUAAUGAAUCCUGGAAUAUUAAAUAUGAAUAUGUGGAAAACAGAUCAUUCAAUAUAGAUAAGACUUUUGGUAGAUACUUUGUUAAAUUUGAGUAUGCCUCAACUAUAAAUGGAAAUUAUACUCUACAUAAUCAAAGCAUAAUAGAAAAUUGGGCUUCUAUACAUAUUCCACUCAACAGGACUUCUUUACAACUUAUUUACAUUUACUUGGAUUACACUUCGAGAAAAAAAGAUUGCAUAGACUCCAAGUAUAUUUUUGAAUUAGUAGAAAAUCUCGGUAUUUUGAAUGACGUGUUAAAAAUAUCAAUAAUAGAGCACCCAUUAAGAGCAUAUUGUUUUGUCCACCAGGCCUUUUAUUUAAAUGAUGGAUCUUGGCUUAGGAAUGGAUUAAGUCCAAUAAACGAGGCUCAGUUCUACAAGAAGUCACACUGGUCAACAAUGUAUAUACUUCUUGAUAUCUUCUCAAUUAGGUUGGUUUUGAAUAUACUUGACAAUCAGGACAGCAUAUUGUUUAUGAUUUCUUCAAUUUUGACUCACUUUAAUUUAAUUGAAGACGAAAUUAAUUGUGAAAAUAAUAAUCAUCAUUCUAAGAAAGACAUGGAUAUGGUGGACCAUUUUCAAAUAAGUUCAGAUACAGAUAAUAAUAGUAUUUUGAAAGAUGUGAAAGAAUCUAUUAAUCCUUGCUUUAAUGUACUUGGCUUAAGAAAAGCUAUUGAUAAGAAGGCAAAUUGUGCAGUGCUAUUUAUUAUGGAUAUAUUCACUAAAAUCACAUCUCUUGAUCUUCCUAAUUCUCUCUCAUUUAAUAAAUCAGUAUAUAGAUAUUUGCUUGUUCAAUACUUGAUAAGAAAAAAUAGAUCCAGAUCAGAAAUUCAAGACGGCCUCCCAAUUUCCUCCUCUUCAUCCUUGUACUAUGGAAAUUUUAUUCAGUCAAUAAAGUCUUCAAAUCUUAACACUAUCAUUGAUGAGAUUUUGGACUCAUUUUGUGAGAAAAUCCCCGCUUUUGAUAACAAGCCAAUUCUGUAUAAAAUUAAGCAGCCAAUUGGAUGGAUGUUAUAUGAUCCUCUUUUACCAGUUAAGUUCUUAGGAAGUGAAGAUAACUCCAACGGUGAAUCUAUAUGCUCGUACUUUAAUGAUUGGCCAAAUAGCUUAAGUAAAAAUUCUAAAUUAUGCAGAGAUGUAAUUAGUAUUGAGGAUGGUAGUUUAAAAAAGAGACGAAUAGGUGAGAAUAGCAUGUUAGAACAUAAUAAUAGAAAUCAAAAUGGUAUUUUCGGUAAAAAUGAAAUAGAGGAAGCUCAAGAUAAUUCAGAGAGAAAGUUUAUAAAUAAUAAGUUCACCAAGUUUCCUAUUAAGCUAUGCCAUAUUCCUUUAAAUGAACAUUUCUCCUCUGCAAUACAUUUCAACUCGAGCCAAAACAUGUAUAUCAAAUCUAUUCUGCUUUCAAAUAUACUUCACUUGGCUCUUCCUAAACUUUUUGGACUAUGUAUAAGCCAAACACUCAUGGAUGAUGUGAGAAUAAUACACCAUUCUUUCAUUCUACUUUUCAACUUGAUUAAUAUAGAAAUAAUAGAAUACAUUUACAAGGCUUUUAAAGCCAGCAAUAAUGAAGAAUCCCAAACAAAAAUAGAAUUUAAUAGAGUUCCUCUAAAUACUGAAGAACCAGGAACAAAGAAUCAAACAAACAAGGAAAUUUUAGAAUUUAACGAGGAUCCAACCUAUGAGUUCUUUUCAAUUCCAUUGGAAGCGAAUACAAAUUUUAAACAAAUAGGAGGUUUAAAUUCACCAGUAUGUAAAAAUUCACACUCUAGCAGGUUGUUUAAUGUCUCAAUUUACUGUUUAAAUCAAGAUGGAGACAAUGAUGAUUAUCAGUACUUUGCAGUUCAACCUAAUCUCUGUAGUUUGAUUAAAGAAGAGCUAAGCAAAAAAGUGGGAAACAACUUAAUUCAGAAUACCACUCCUAUAGUGCUCAAAGAUUUGAAUAUGAUUAAUAUUUGUGACCUGCUUAGAAAAAACCGAAUAGAAAGUGUAUUUGAGCUCCUAAUUACACCAUUAAUUUUAAGUUUUGAGAAUGAUAUAAGACAUGAAAAACCUUUCUGCCUGAUGGAUAUAUUAGUGGAAGUGUUGUAUUCUUUAAGAAUUAAUGAUAAUGACAUUCAUUUAGGAAAAGAUAAAAACAAGUUUAAGUUUGUUAAGAAAGAUGUUUUAAAGUUAAUUCCUAUUGAAUCUUCGUUCUUUUUAGAAUGGGGGUUAUCUAUUGCAAAUCACACAAGUCCUGAGAUAGAAUCUUACUUUAGGAGUUACUUAGAAGGUCUUUAUAUGGAGAGAGUAGCAUCUUUGCAGGAAAAAGCUAUUAAUUUGAAGGAAACCAAUUUUAAAGAGAAAAUACAAGAGAAACAAAAAAAUAUUCUACAGGAGUAUAUGAAAAAACAAAAAAAUUUUAUGAACAAUUUUAAAAAGUCUAUGCUUUUAAGUAAUGAGGAGAAUAAGGUAGAUAACCAGGAUGGGAUUAAGUUAGAAAAAAUAUGUGUUGGCAACCAAGGUGUAGAUAAUGAAGAAAAUUCUGAUUUUUGUGUAUUUUGCCAUGAGCUAAUUAGCGGUAAUCAAGGCCAUGAUAAUAAUGAUGAGCAUAUUGCAACUUUUGGAUAUCUGGAUCUACAGAAUACCAGUUUGGACUCAAAAAGAAAUAUACAAAGUGACACAACCUUGGAUGGCCUCCAACCAAAUUUUGGAUAUACUUCAUUUUACUUAACAAUAUGUGGGCAUUUAAUACAUUAUAAGUGCGUUUCUCAGUAUUAUAAGUUAUUUAAUAAUGAAAUAUCAUCUGGUUCAAAUGAUGGCAGUUCAAGAUCAGGCCAAGAAACUAGGCAAAUACAAACAGAAGAAUGUAGUUUGGAGAUGAAAUCUAAAAUUCAGUAUGUAGGGUUUCCAUUGACAUACUACAAGAACAAAGUAGCACUUAGUGUGAAACAAGUGGGUACCAGAGAUAAAGUAGAAAAUUUUGAUAAAGCCAAUGUGGAAACUUCUAGCAGCUCAAUUCACGUAUUAUCUUCUAUAUCUGAUAAUCUUGGAUCAAAAUUCAAUAAUAAAGUUAGACAGUAUGACAUUAAUAAACAAAUUUACCAUUUAACCAACUUAACAUGCCCAUAUUGUAAUACAUUCUCCAACAUAAUUCUUCCUUUCAAAUACUUUAAAAGAGAGGAUUUAAUGAUGGAAAAAGGCAAUGAAGAAAAAAACUUUUUGGUUUGUAAAGAUGAUUACUUGAUGCAAGUUUUGGAUAUACUAAUGGAUUUUCAGAGAAAAGAUGAAAUAUUUAAUCUUUUUGGUGACAAUUAUGAAGGAAAUUCUGAAUUAAAUAAUAUAGAAAUUGAUAUAGAGAGUAUCCCAAUACUAGAGCAAAUUCUUUCAAUACUGACUUUGUUUAAUCAUUUACUUCCUUUCAACAUUCCUGGCGUAAAUUUGUUUAUAAAUGGAAUCCCAGGUAUUAAUCCAAUAGGUUUCUUAAUUAAGAUUAUAAGUGACAAUAUUGUAAUAGACACCAUCUCAAACUCUGAUGAGGCUGGAUUGUUUUUUAUCAAGCCAUUCCCUUCUUCAAGAAGUUUAAUGUACAAAAUUGUUUUUGAUUCUUUAAGAAGCAUUAUUAAUCAUUUCCCAUCUUUGUCUAUUUCAAUGAUUUACAAUUUAUUCCCAGUAGUUAGAGAUGAAAGUAAAAUUGAUAUUUGGGACUUUAUUUCACUCCAAUCACCUACAGCUAGGUUUCAAAUUCUGGUAAACUUGGUGAUUCUAAUUGAUGCAACUAGAUCAUUAAGGAGGCAAAAUAGCCAAGAUAACAAUCAUUCUGGUAGUUUUUGUCAUACAAAGAUGAAUGAUUUACAUGCCAGUAUAGGGAUUAGCUGUUUACAUAAUGACAUUAGGGAUAACUUUGAAAGAGAGAGUGAAAGUGAUGAAACUUUGGAUGAUGAUAAGUUAAGAAUUACAUAUAUUAUGUUGAAUAUGUUUAUUUUGGAGGUAUUUUCAAUUGUUUGGACAUUUUGGAACCCAGAAUGGGAUCAAGAUGAGGGGAUCUCUAAUAUAAAGAACCCAAUAGUCCAACUCAUUUUAAAUCUGAAUAAAAACAAAAGAAGCCAAGUUGAUGAGGAAAGUGAUGAACAAAAAGAUAAUCAGUUAAAUGAGAAUGAAGUUUUAUCUUUUUUUCAGGAUUUGAUUUAUGGUAAUGUAUUUAAUUUGCAUAAGAAAUUAGAUUCUAAUUCAGGAGAGGUUGAAUAUAAGGCUCAGAAGAUAAAUAAUCUUUCAGAUUCGAGGAUGAAUGUUAAUAUUUUUGGAGCUUUACCAAUUCAAAUCACUCCAGUGAAUAGUGAAAUAUUGGUUUCUGAGAACAAAAACAAGAGUGAAAGGUUUUAUUCUUUUAAGUUGAAAGAUUAUAUGGAUAAAAAAGUAGGUAACAAUAUACAUGAAUUAAGUUUGAAUAAAUAUCCAAGGUAUAUACUAAAUGUGAACUCAAGUUAUUUAAAUACUAAGAAAACAUCUAAAAAGUAUAAUCAAAACCAGGAAAAUGGGCUUAUGGAGGAAUUUAAACUUAAAGAUAUCAAAAAACUUAAAGACAUAAUUAAUCUUGGGAUAAUAAUUUGGCUAAAAUUGGUUAUUGGAUUCCAAAACAUUUACAUGGAGGGAAAAAGCAAAAAAAAUGAUAAUUCAAAUCACAAGGAUAACGGAUUAAAUGGUUGUGAGGAUAAUAAUUUAAGUGAGCAAAUCUCCAUAUUAUUAGAAUCCAUUUCUAGUAGAUUUUGUGCAAAUGCAAAUAUUCUAGAAAUGGCUUGGAAAACUCUAACAGAAUUUGAUGUUGAAGAACGAAAUACAAACCCUAAAAAUUCAAGUAUUGUAAUGAUGAAAUCUUUGUUAAGCAACAUAUUAGAAAGUAACCUUUUUAUAAAGUUAAUUUCAAAAAAGAAGCCAAUAAUUCCGUUAUCUUCCUUAGAAGUAUUUAAAAUUCAAGAUAAUUUGGAUAAUGUAAAGAUAUUAUUGUUUAAUAGUAAUAUCGAUUCAUUUUAUAAGAAUUUGAAUUUUGAGGAGUUUGAAAUAUUUAAGAACUCAUUUCAAGAAUUGGGAAAGAAGUUUCUACAUAUAAAUGAAUAUGGCCAAAAUAUUGUAAUUUAUAAUGGCUUUAAUCAGUCAACUAUUUUACCUCCUAAAAUGUUUCACAAUCUUUAUAAUAAACUUUUAUCGAAACCAAUAAAACAUUGGAGCAGAAAAUACUGUAAUAAUAUUAAUAAUCUUUUGAUUUGUAUUUCAUGUGGAAGUAUACUAUGUACAGAAUAUAAUUGUUGUAAUGAAACUGAAACUAGUACAAAUUUAUCAUCUUCAAUUUUGAGUUCUUAUUUCUAUUGUCAUACAAAAGGAACAGGUAGAACAGAAGAUGAAAACAUAUCUUCGUACUCAAUUCCGUUUGGAUCUGGUUUAAAUAUAUCUUUAAGGUCUAUCCCAAUUAGGGACCAUAUAGCAAAAUGUGGAAAAGGACUAUCUUUUUUCCUUCAUGUUUCGUCAUCAAUUAUACUUUCGUUUAGAAUUGAUAUUUCUUCAACUAAAAAUGAGGCUAAUGGCAAUUUAUUUAAUUGGAUUGAGGCAGACAAAAGGCUUUUAUAUGGUGGAAGAGCAUGCGAAUUUUCUACUCUUUAUGUGGAUGAAUAUGGAGAAGAAGAUAAGUACUUGAUUAGAGGAAAACCUAUGAUUUUGUGUCCGUACCGUUGGAUUAAAUUACAAAAUAUUGUUCAAAAAAUUAACGCAAGAAGAAACACACAUUUAAAUUGGCGUUCAUUUCAACCCUUUGAGUUUCAAUCAAUAAAUGCAUGA